GCAAAGGCUACCACGUGAUCGGGUCAGCUGGACGCUGAACAACAACAGAGCAGGAAUAAAGCCUCCUGGAGUGUCAUUUCCCAAGAAACCAAAGCUGGUCAGACUAGAAGAAAUGGGUCCUGGAAAAGCUGCCGCCAUUGGAGCAGGAGUAGUCGGCGUAGUUGCGGUGGCGGCGGCUCCUGUUGCCUUGGCCGGUGUAGGUUUCACCUCGGCUGGAAUAGCAGCAGGCUCCUACGCUGCCGGCAUGAUGUCUGCUGCUGCAGUCGCAAACGGAGGAGCGGUGGCGGCGGGAAGCACCGUGGCUGUUCUGCAGGCAGCAGGUGCAGCUGGUCUGUCAGGAGCUGCCACUGCAGCUGUGGCCAGUGUUGGCGCAGCAGCUGGCGCAGCAGCUGGAGCAGCAGCGGGAUGGGUGGCCAGCUUCUUCACCAAAAAAUCAAACAAUAAAUGAUUUUGAAAUAUAUAUUUAUUGAAUGUAUUCAUGCAUUAAAUCUCUAAAAACAUACCGUGUCAUCUGUAAUUAUCUCCAUUCCUCAUAACUUCUACCUGAAAGCACUGAGUGAGAAAAUAAAUGAAAGUGUUCACUGGUUCA